AUGUCGUGCUCCAUACCCCAACGCUGCGCCCGCCAGCUUCUUCGAGAGCCCUUCCAGCGCGGCUCCCUACCCGUCUUCCUCGCUCCCGCCUUCUCCCCCCGCACACAAUGCUUCUCAACCACAUCCCCAGCGCAGUCCCGAGUCGGAGGUGCCGCACUCUCCAUCCCCCCGGAGGUGUCAUUUAAGCUUAUCGAUCUUCCGGCGACUGUGACCCGGACACGAGGAAAGGACAUCCCCAAGUUUAUUGCUGAGAUUAAGGGGCCUAAAGGCGAGAUGAGCCUGAGCAUUCCCUCGUUCGUCAACAUCACCACCGAUGAGACAGGCCAGAAGGCUACCUUGUCAAUCCUGGACCAGGAGGUCCCUCACCAGCGUGCUAUGUGGGGAACCAUUCGCGCGCUCCUCCAGAAUCACAUCCUCGGUGUCUCCGAAGGCCACGUCUGUGUCUUGAGUAUGGUUGGUGUCGGUUACAGGGCGACCAUCGAGGACAAGGCAUCCACUGUCAAAGCCACCUACCCCGGCCAAAAGUUCGUUUCCCUUAAGGUCGGCUUCUCCCACCCAAUUGAACUAGGUAUCCCCCAGGGCGUUACCGCGAGCACACCGCAGCCUACCAGAAUCCUGUUGGAGGGUGUCGAUAAGCGGGUUGUGACCCAAUUCGCAGCCGAGAUCAGAGAAUGGAGACGCCCCGAGCCAUACAAGGGCAAGGGUAUCUUCGUCAACGGAGAGACUAUCAAGCUCAAGGCGAAGAAGAUCAAAUAG